AUGAUCUGCGACUAUCUGAGGCCAGUGACGUACGACGAGAAUAGCUUCGUUGUGCGAACAGGAGACCUUCUCGAUCGGAUGAUCUUCAUUACGGAAGGGUUUAUAUGGACUUAUGUGGGCGGUGAUCAGAAUCGACAUGGUGGUGGAUCAUCAUCAGGUUCUCAAUCCUCAUCAAUGCCAACCAACAUGCUUAAGAAAGGCCAGUUCUACGGCGAAGAGCUUCUCUACCGGCAGUCAUCUCCGUCGCAACUUCCAAUCUCCCCACAAACCGUUAAAUGCCAUACAAAAGUCGAAGCUUUUGUUCUUAUGGCCAAGGACUGGACAAGUAUAGUCUCCAAAUGCAGAUCGUUGUUGCCGAACAACAUGAACCACGGCAACAACAACAAACAACAACAACAACAACAACAAUAUGAACGUUACUCAUUAUGGACAGCCCUUACUGAGGGGCUUCAAGAGCUCUACGGCCUCGACACCAGGAGUCCGGUAUUUCGAACCUGCUAUGCGCCCCAAUUAGUCGUCCUGCACGUUCCAUGUGCAUGUACCUUAUGAACAGCAGUUUUUUAACUUUCUCUUUCUCCUGUUUUGGUCUAUGUGGCAUGUCUUUGAAUUCUCUCGUGGCAUUGUUUAAUGGAACAGAAAGGUCUAAUAUGGCCCAUUGGGCCUGGUUUAAACAUGCA